AUGGAGAACUUCAAAGCCAUGCAUACAAUUUUUAUUCUUCUUGCACUGGUUGCUUUCCACGAGAUUCUGUCUAUUGAGGGAAGGCAAUUGAAGUCCAUAACAGAAAAGAGAGAAGGUAGCCAAUCUCUCAACUCCAUUGACAAUACCCCACAGCACCAUGAUCAGCCUACAAGCCCAAGCCACAUUCCUAAUACUGAGGCAAGAAAGAAAGAAGUGUUCCCACCCAUGACACCCAAAAAAUACAGCUUUAAUUUCCAUGACACAGAUGCAGCUUACAGAAAAGAUUUUCGACCUACAACACCAGGGAAUAGUCCCGGUGUUGGCCAUUCUUUUCCAAAUCAGGAAGCAGAUAUGGAAUCAAAGGUAGUAAAUAAAGGUAAUAAGAGCCCUGGUAAUACUACACAUUCCCUUACAGAAUUCAAAGAUGAUUUCAGGCCCACAUCGCCCGGACACAGCCCUGGUAUUGGCCAUGUUCUUCAGCAUAAAUCUGCAGAACCAAAUGCAUAG